AUGAGAGCGUUAGCUUACUACAAGAAGAAAGAUAUUCAUUACGCAGAGGACUUACCCGAGCCACGUAUUAAUAGUCCAAAUGAAUUAAUUAUUGAUGUUGCUUUCUGCGGUAUCUGCGGGUCAGAUUUACAUGAAUAUACAGAUGGUCCUAUUUUUCUACCAAAGGAUGGCGAGACUCAUCCAUUAUCUAAUUCCAAAUUACCUCAACCUAUGGGUCAUGAAAUGACUGGUAUCGUUCGUGAGAUUGGCUCUGAUGUUACCAAAGUGAAAGUAGGUGAUCAUGUCGUUAUCGAAGCUGGUUGUGGCUGUAAAGAUUUAUCACGUUGGCCAAACUCUAAAUAUUACGGUUCUGAACAAUGUUCUGCUUGUGCUGCAGGUCUGGAUAAUUGUUGCGAACAUGCAGGUUUCACCGGGUUAGGUGUAGUUGGUGGUGGUUUCGCUGAACGUGUUGUAGUCGGUGAAUAUCAUACUGUGCCAUUGCCAAAGGAGAUUCCUUUGGACAUUGGAUGUCUCGUGGAACCAUUGUCUGUCGUUUGGCAUGCAUUGAAAUUAGCAAAUUUUAAGGCUAAGAAAUCAGCUUUAGUUCUUGGUUCCGGUCCCAUUGGUCUAGCUUCAGUGUUGGCUCUGAAGGCGAUGGGUGCUUCACAAAUCGUGGUCUCUGAACCUGCUAAAAUUAGAAGAGAUUUUGCUGAAAAAUUAAACGUAACCGUUUUUGAUCCUGCAAAACACGGUGCUAAUGCCGUAGAAGAAUUGCGUAAACUAUCUAUCUCAGGAAAUGGGUUCGAUUAUGCUUUUGAUUGUUCCGGUAUUAGAGCUACUUUCGAAACAGGUCUACAAGCUAUCACAUACAGAGGCUCCUUAGUGAAUGUUGCCAUUUGGGGUAAGACUGUGGAUUUUGAUCCAAUGGAAGUCACUUUACAGGAAAAACAUUUCACUGGCUCCAUCGGUUAUGUUGUCGAAGACUUUGAGGAAGUCGUUGCCGCUAUUCAUCGUCGUGAUAUUAAAGUGGAUGAAAUUAGACAUUUGAUUACCGGGAAAGUCAAUAUUAAGGACGGUUGGGAAAAGGGUUUCUUAGAGUUGAUGAAUCAUAAGGAAACAAAUGUCAAGAUUCUACUGACACCUAACAACCAUCAUGAAUUGAAUUAA